GCCGAAAGUUGGAUCGAGCACCUAUCGCGUCUCAAAUUUUUCUUCUUUUUUCUCACUCCACAAAAUCACAAACGAAAAAAGAAAAAAGAAAGAUGAAUAAAUAGAACAAUGAAAAUAUUAAUAUCCAUAGCUUCGUAGGUCGAUCUGCCAUGUUGAUUUGAAUUCAUACACACAAAUUUGCCCGGAUUGAUCUUGGCCUAACAGAUUUUUUUUGGGGGGGGGGUACCCGGGCGUGAAAUUGACCCGGAUCAUCUUAAUAGAUCUUGCUAAACAUUGAUCUUUCGGACUGUGUGAUGACGAUGGUGAAGUUGGAUGAAGGGUUUCAAUUGAUGUGAACUUGGAUCUGAAAAUUCUAAUUGCAAGAACCUCAGUUUUGGAUUUCCGUCAACCAAUCAGUCAAAGGUAACUUAAAACCACUGUUGCUGCUGCUACUGCUAAAUUUUGAUUACACAAAAUCACCAGAUCUGUGAACCUUGAUUUCUUGACUUGUGCAAAUCUUAUGGAUUUGACCUUCUUGGACUGUUAAUUCUGAGGUUUAUCAGUAACCCCAUGAGAAAGAUGUCGAAUCUCUAUAUAUUUCCCAGAUUCCCUUAAAGGAAAUUUGUAAAAGCCUCUGAAACUGCUUUAGAUUACUCUGAUAAGGUGUUUGUGGGGAUAUUUUGCAAUUCUUGUUGAGACACAAAGUUAGAAUUUGUAAAGGUGCUUUUGGGGAAGAAUUUUUAGUGAAAAAAUUGACUGUUGAGGGUUUUGUGAAAGAAAGAACACUUGAAUUAGUGAUCAGUGAACUUUGGCUUUGUAAAUAUGCAUGCUAGGCAUCGUAGUCCAGCAAAUGCAUAUAAUAGGUCUAGUUCAAUGGGGAUGGGAGGUAUGGGGGCAACCUCUCGAGUUUCACCGGAGGGAUCAAUGAGAAAUCGCGGGAUGUACAAUUCUGAGUACAAAAGCUAUAAUCGUGGUGGCUAUGGGCGUGGCCAGCUGAGGCAGUUUGAGCCUCGGCAACCUUCACCACAGAAAAGCGAUGUUUUCAUGGAAGCUGGUCGAAUGGCAGCGGAGUACUUGGUGAGCAAGGGAUUGCUGCCGCGAAGUGCCCUUUUGGGGAAGUUGCAGAAUGGUAGCUUGAAGAAUCACAGUGGUUACAGUCAUGGUUUUAGGAUGCUAGAUGGGGAUAAUAUGCAGCUAUCCAUGGAGGGUCGAACAUCAGCUCUUUCUCGUUUGGGAAAUGUUGUUGAUGGUGAAGGGCCAGGUAGGAAAAGGUACCCCAAUGAUUAUAGCCCAAUGGCCUCGAAAGGUUAUGCAAGAGGAAGGAGAAGACAUGGAUCAUAUAAAGAUUCUGAGUGGGACCAAGAAUUCGGAAGAAGCACGACAUGGUCUGAUAGAGCUAGGGCUUCUACAGACAUGGAUGGUCAUACAAAUGCUUUCUCAGGGCGUCAAGAUGAAAAGCAAGCUAUUAAAGAUAGCAAUAACGAAUUACAGAAUUCCCCAGCAGCUGAAUUAAACCCUGAAACAGAAGGCAUUCGGAAAUUAGUUGGAGAUUCAGAGUCUAUCUUAAACAGAAACCAGUCAGUUGAAGAUACAAGUGCAAUUGAUACUGAGAAGGAUAUCCUAUCAUCAUAUAAAGUGGAUCGAACUGAGAAGUCUGAUGACAUGGAAACCUCAAAUGCAGAAGUUGGGGAGGUUGAGAAUGGUAAUGAUAAUGAUAAUGAUGGAAUGGAGGUGACAGCAGUCAAGGAGGAUAAGCAGAUUAGUUUGUGUGCUGAAAAAGAUAAUUUAACAAGCAAAAAGGGCACCGAUUUACUAAGUCUCUGCAGAUUUGAGAAUGUUCCUAGAAGAAUACGCUCUUCAUUGGCAACUAGAUGUCCAAAGGUUGGUGCUAAUACCAUGGCAGAGAAAGAGGAAACGCAAGAGAGUGAGCUUCCCAAGGAGUUUGAUGCCCAAGGUGAAGAUAUGUCUAUGCAUGUUUCCUCUGAUGACAUUUCAUUGCAUCAAAAUCAUGACACAAAAGCCCUUGAUUCCGAAAAUUCAGAAGCACUAGCUACCGAGGAAGUCCCAUGUGUUUCUUUUGUCAUCAUAGAAGAAAAUACUACUGGGCCUUCCUCUUUUGCUGAUCAUCCUUUAAUAAAAGAGGAUGAGGAAAGUGACGGAGUAAAUAUGUUUGGGAGAUGCAGCUCUGUAGAAAGAGGUAAAAAACGAUCAUUAGAGGAUAUUGACAAUAAUGAGGGUAUUAAGAAACCUAGAGAGUUGGCUUUAUCUGAUGAAACAGAACCGGAGGAUGUCUUUGUAUACUCUAUUUCAAUGGCAAAGCAGCAGAAUUCAGACGACCAAAAUACUACAAAUGGAGAGCCAGCAAUGUUGUCACCUGAUCAUAAAAAAUUGGUGGAUGUCCCUCUGUUUUCAAGUGAUGUGCCAACCAUUGAGUUUUCUGAAAAGCAACUUUUUCCCAGUUCAUAUAAGACAUGUGACCUAAACUACAUUGCUACUUGUGAUGUGAACCACAAUUGUGAUGCUGAUUCUGUUCUCAUGUUCCCUGGUACCACAGACAGUGGAAAACAGACUGUGCCGGUUAACAUUGGUUUGCCCAUGAACGAGAACUACGAUUUGACCAGCAAAUACAGUCAAUGUGGGUUUGGUGGCAGAGAUAUAGAGGUGAUUGAUUUGGAAAAUGAUUCUGAGCAAGAUAACAAGCCUUUCAAUAAUCCACAGAGUUCUGAAACUGGAUUCACUGCCCAGAAUGGCUUUCCUAAUGAUGCAAAUAAUGCAAAUGAUAUUGCUGAUGUUCAGGAUGGUUAUGGUUUAAUGUUUUCGGAAUUGCUUGGGAAUGAUAUACCAAACUGCUCAUCUGUACCAGGAGAUUUGAACACUCUACAUAAUGAUAUGGGCCUUCAUAAUGGAGAGGGAAUUCUUGGUGAUGAUGAUUCUAUAUAUAUGUCCCUGGAAGAAAUACCAAUAAGCGGCUUUUUAAGGUCCUGGCAACAACCACCUCAGGAAUUUGGGAAGCCAUUUUGAGCUGCAUUUUUUCUGUCCAGGUUCAGCUCAAUGUGUAAUUAAAAGCUGUUUGUGUAGUACUUUUAGUAUGGAUCUUUAGUGUCAGACUGGUCCUACCAACAUUUAGUAUAUCAUUUUUUAUGGUGUUCUACUACUUGUAGAGUUGUAGUCCCAAAUUGAUGUGGCAAACAAGGAUACGAUAUUAGAAAAUACUAUUUAUACUCUCAAAUUCUACUCUUAAUUG